AUGAGACGAAGGGGUGCGGAACGCGUGCGGGUUUCCUGCUGGAAGCGAACUGCAAAUUGGAACUUUUCGACUAGCCGCGAGCGCAUAGCGGACGGAGAAGCAAGGGCCCGUCCGCUCCAGCGGUGCGUGCGUGCAUUAGCUCAAAGCAACUCGCUCUGCUCUGGCGCCCUUUUAUCCCUUUUGACAGCUCCGUGCAAGAAAUGCAAGCAAGUAGAGUGACACAAAUGACCCGAAUCACUCAUUUUGGUUCCAUGUCAAUUACUGCCUGCAGUCAGUAGUGUGAGUUGAGUGAGGGCUUCGUUGCCUCUCGCACAGCAGCAGCAGGUCGUCUUUUGGCCCUUUGAACGCUAAACUCUUCGUGGCGGCGCAGAACGGGAAGAUGAGGGAUGAGCGCAGAUACAGCAUCGAGGCGGGCAGUCAGUCGGUCAUUGCUUAA